AUGAAGUGACCACAUUCACGAGGUUGGCUUUCUAUGAGAAUUUGUUGAUUGGGCAAGAAAUAAGUGUCUGUUGUCCGCCUUAACAGGUGUCGGUAUGAAGCGGGUUGAAUUUCGAGAAAAUGUAAGGGCUUUCUCUCCCCUGGGACAAAGAAAACUGUCCGCAAUAACGAGGUGUCCAUAUUAAGCGGGUGUCCAUCCCUGUGUCUGGGGUUCGACUAUAUUGUACAAGAUGAAAUCUAAAAUUUUUGUCAUAUGCCAUGUGCACUUAGUAGGCAAGGAAAGUAGACAUUUUUUCCUUUGCCAAGCUUUUCUACCCUGUCUGUUGAUUGCUCAAGGGCCAUCACUACUGAAAGACCUUAAGAUACACAGUUUCUGCCAACCGUCACGGGUAGGUGACCACAUUUGCCUUGUAGUUAUAUAAAAGGCAACCAUUGUUUCCCUGAUGAGAUAACGGUGUUACCGUUCCACCCAGUAGUCUACACGUUUCUCCGGGGUAGGAGGCAAUCUACCCGUAUCGUGGCUACUCGUACGCGCGUACAUGGAAACGGUGUAUCUCGACUUAACACUUUUUUUUAAAAAAUAGUGCAGCAUUGGAGUAUAACUUUUUUGUAACGUUUAAAUCUCUAUGUUAAAUGUUGCUGUUUUUGUUUUUGUAAAACAUUACAGUCAUGCGGUUUCCAGAUCUUUAUCCUCCAACUCCUUGUCAAGGGUCAUUAUCCAACACUCCUGCUGCAACCCCUCGAAGAGGAUCACCAGUUUCAACACCCACACUGCCUCACCGCUUACUCAAUCCACCUCGAUCACCAGCUCUGAUUCCAAAGGUUGGAACACCCAUUGGCAUGCCUCUUUUAAACACAUGGCGAGGGAGUAGUACACCACCAAGUACAUCCAGAGUGUCAUUACAGCGGGGUAUUUCACCCUUAGCAAGAGCAGAGUUGACACCGCAGCAUUCCCGACCUGCAGAUCAUCUGUCUUCAGAUGAACAAGAUGGAGAUGAAGAUGAUGAAGAGCUACCACCAUACCCAGGAAUAGUGAAUGUUGCAUCGGUGUUAAAUCAAGUGAGAGAAACUUUAGAACAUAGUAGACUUGCUACAAGGCAAACGUCAAAUCCUUCAUUAAGUGACAAUAGUAAUUCAUCUGACAGUAAUGAUAACAGGACAGUGGGUGGUCAAAGGAGACCACUUGACACCCGUGCCGUAGUUAUGGACAAUACAGGAGAUGUCCAGACAAGUCUAGAACCAAAUAGAGUGCAAAGUGGUGAUAACAACACUGGUGGUCUUGGUAAUCCUUGGGUUUCCUCCAAGGUUGCUCGAGUAGCUGCUCCUGGAAGAACUUUACGAUCUAUUGAGUCUGAUGUUUGACUGCUGUUGUUGGACCAUGGCCAUGUUUUGCUUUGGUAACGGACGGACCUCUGUGUUCAUCUUAACAUUGGUGGGGGUGCUCUUGGCAGGAAUGAGAUCAUUGAGGUUACCCACUGAAACGGAAGUAAAUAUUGAGGAGUCCGUAAAGUUUUACCAACUUGAACUCGAUGAGGCCUUGCUUUUUAAGUAAUACUCAUUUAGAGUAAUGAUACAGUAAAGAACUGCAACAGCACAUAAUCUCUGCCAGCCGAAAAGCUGAGUUAGCCGAGAUCUUAGUUGUAGUGGGAUGGGCGAGAUUUGUGUUUUGCCCUGCAGUCAGAACAUUUGAGGCGUUUAAGUACACCAUGAAACUGGAAAAUCGUGGAAUUGAAAGAUAUCACAUGAUAGGCUGAGCCGCAGUGAGUUGAACAGUUUUGGCUUGUAAAUUUAUAUCGUUUGGGGCAACCUGGUAUCACGUUUUACCGAGUUUAAGGAGAAGCCGGGUAAAGUAACUUCUUGAGAUCUGUCAACCAUCAAGCACGGAAACAAAUGAUACCUUCCAAGUAAUCCUCUCGUGCUUUCAAGAAAAGUCAGAAAAAGUACACUUUUAUCAAAGUUAUAGAAGAAACCGCACUUAGUAUCUUUGGAAGAUGGUUCGAAUCUUUGAUUGAUAGUUCGUAUGGGAAUGGGUCAAACAUCAUAGCCCUCCAGGGCCCAGUUGUUCGAAGGCCGAUUAGCCCUUAACCCGGGGUUAAAUUUAACCCGGGUUUCUUUUUCUCGUGUUCAAAAGCAUUUUCUCGGAUAAUUUACUCUGUUAUUUUUAGAGCUUUCAUUCAUCAACUUGGAGACAAAAAGAAUUAAAGCCGAAAUGCUUUUUUAAGCUUUCAAAUCUGAUUUCAAAUCUCGCACUAACCCUGGGUUAUUUUAACCCAGCUUUGAACAACUCGGCCCAGAUGGAAAGCAAAGGAGGAGCCGAUAGGCCUUUCCACGGGUUUUUUUUCAACUUUCUAUAUGGACAAGUUGGGGGAAAUCCGUCGACUUUGCUGGAAAGAGCGCCUUUAAAUUAGUAUAAGUGCCAAGUUUGAAAGUUUUUUGGCAAGUUUAUUCAUUCUAAAGCGCUCUUUCCAUUGAUGUCGACGUAUUUUCCCCAACUGGUCCGCCAUGUUUAAAGUUGGAAAAACCAUGGGAGGGUCGAUUACAAAUGAAGAUCAGUUUUAUUAUAAAUCAUGGUGUUUAAAACGUUGUACCCUUCACGGGUUAAGAAAACAGAGAAAAUGCAAUGCAAGUGGUUGUAAAACGCUCCCUUUACGAUAGCACUCAUCGAUUCUGAUUAGUGCUACUCUACAGUCAAACGCUGACAUACAAAUCAUGUAAAAAGGAUAAUUGCCCGAGUUUGCCCAUUUUGAAGAGGAGAAGAUGUACGGCAAUGAAUGUCAGCCAUCUUCUCUCGUCGAAAAACUCCCGACUCGAGGAGAACGCAAAAUGCUCCCUUAGCAACAAUAAGGUACUAGAGAAGACCAUGAAACUGGCCUUAGUGCCCAAGCUUUUCAAUCCUAGAAAACGUUACAUAGCAGAGGUGCUUAAUAUAUGACUAAAAUUAUUAUUUAUUAAUUUACAUGAAUUUUCAAAAAUAUAACGGUUUUUAACUUAGCAUACAUUUUUUCGACAGAAACGUCUGCCUUGUUCAGUGCUAGUUACAUGUAUGCAAAUGUUAAAAUUGUCGUUCUAUAUUUGAAGAUUACUGUAAGCUUGCUACUACUGUGUAGACCCUCAGUAUUAUAUGUGAAUAAAGCGACAUGCCCGCCU